GAAUAAAGAGUGUGGAGUUGAACUCGUGCCAUUGUAGUGACUCAUCUCGGGCAGAGCGCAGGGGCUCGGAGCGAGACAGUGAGCGGCGCUCGGCAGGGACAAGAGAGAGAGAGAGAGAGAGAGCGCGCGCAAGAAAGGGGGAAGAGGGGAGGGCGAAGCGAGGCGAGAAGCGCCUGGAGCCGGCACGGGGUGCUGGUCACUGCGACGCGGAGCCACGUCCCUUUCAGCACUGCUCAGCCUAGAACCCCACGGGCGCUGUCCCACCGGCACCAUCGGGGCCGCUGGACCGGCGCUCACCGCCUUGUCCUAAGUCAAGUGUCCGAGACGCCGGGAAACUCAGGCGGCGAGUUGGCCACAGGAAGUUUAUUCUCGGGCUCCUUUUCUAAAAGGAGGAAACAGAAGUUUCUCCCAACCGGCAGCUUUUCUUUUUCGCCUUUUUGGCGCCCUGAGAGAUCGGGGAGGGAGUCCCCGAGAGCUGCCAGGCGACACCCGCGGGGCUCCUAGUCUUUUCGCGUUGCCCAUUUUUCUCCAGCCCGUGGGUCCCGGCAGAGCUCCGGCUGCGCGCGGGGGCGGAAGGGCGCGCGCAGGGGAGGGACCGAGGGACGCGCCGACUUUUUAGAGGGAGGGACCCGGUGGACAACCGGUUCCGCGGAGCUUGCAGAGCAGAAACGAAGUACGGUGCGUGGCGAUCGGGGGGUCACUUCCCGAGUGUCGCUGCCUCCUGUCUGCCUGGGUUAGGGGACAUCCCGGGAGCGAAAAGCCCAGCCCGCGGCCGGGCCGGUGGACCAGCGAGCGCGCAGCAGACUGUGCGCGGCCGCGGCGAGGGCGGGGAAGAAAACCACCCUGUUUCCUCUCCGGCCCCCACCGCGGAUCAUGUACCAGGAUUAUCCCGGGAACUUUGACACCUCGUCCCGGGGCAGCAGCGGCUCUCCUGCGCACGCCGAGUCCUACUCCAGCGGUGGCGGCGGCCAGCAGAAGUUCCGGGUAGAUAUGCCUGGCUCGGGCAGUGCCUUCAUCCCCACAAUCAACGCCAUCACCACCAGCCAGGACCUGCAGUGGAUGGUACAGCCCACAGUGAUUACCUCCAUGUCCAAUCCCUAUCCACGCUCACAUCCCUACAGUCCCCUGCCAGGCCUGGCUUCAGUCCCUGGGCACAUGGCUCUCCCCAGACCUGGAGUGAUCAAGACCAUCGGUACCACCGUGGGCCGCAGAAGGAGAGAUGAGCAGCUGUCUCCGGAGGAGGAGGAGAAGCGUCGAAUCCGGAGGGAGAGAAACAAGCUAGCUGCGGCCAAGUGUCGGAACCGUCGCCGUGAGCUGACAGAGAAGCUGCAGGCGGAGACCGAGGAGCUGGAAGAGGAGAAGUCUGGGCUGCAGAAAGAGAUUGCUGAGCUGCAGAAGGAGAAGGAGAAGCUGGAGUUCAUGCUGGUGGCUCACGGCCCUGUGUGCAAAAUCAGCCCUGAGGAACGCCGAUCGCCCCCCACCUCCGGGCUGCAGUCCUUGCGCGGUACGGGCAGCGCCGUUGGCCCUGUGGUGGUGAAGCAGGAGCCUCCAGAAGAGGACAGCCCCUCUUCCUCAGCAGGGAUGGACAAGACCCAGCGCUCUGUCAUCAAACCCAUCAGCAUCGCUGGGGGUGGUUUCUACGGGGAAGAGCCUCUGCACACCCCCAUCGUGGUGACCUCCACGCCUGCCAUCACUCCUGGCACUUCAAACCUCGUCUUCACCUACCCCAAUGUCCUGGAGCAGGAGUCGCCCGCUUCGCCCUCAGAGUCUUGCUCCAAGGCUCACCGCAGAAGCAGUAGCAGUGGGGACCAGUCAUCAGACUCCUUGAACUCCCCCACACUUCUAGCCCUGUAACCCUGUGCUCCUCUGGCCAGCUCUGGAGGAAUCCUCAUCCAUCAUUACCACACCCUUCCCAGGGACCAGCACCUUUAAGCACUCCAGGGCCUUGAGGGCAAAAGGGGCCCCUGACUCUGGGGACCCACCCGGUGGGACUUAGUGGUGAGACACUGGUUGAUCUCUUAGAAGCCCUGGGACACGCCCUCCCUCAUUCAUCUUGCAAUGGAAUCCUCUUUCUUGAGAAGCCUCAGAGAACUUGGUUUGUGGACUCCUAGGAGCGCACGUCUCCCCUGCUUCUGAAGCCCCGCCCCCCGGAGCUGGUCCUGAUGGUUCCUGUCCCUUUGUUAUUCGUUGUCUCUGGAGUGACAGUGUCCUUUCCUGCCCCCCCCCCCAAGCAUGCUCAGUGCCUUUUGGUUUCCCCCCCUUCCCCUAGCUUCAGUUUUGCUCCCUCUGGGUUUUUAUGAGAUUUGCCAUGACAUUUCAUCGGGGUAGUCCAGAUAGUAAAGCGCUUUUAUUUCUGGGGAAGCAGGUGACUCUUCCACUGGGGUGGAAAGGGCACCCACUGUGUCCUGAAGGGGCAGUCAAAGUGCAAUAGUAUUGAACCUUCCCUCCCUACACACCCAGUGCGCUGUUGUUACAGACCACGGGCUCCCCGAGCUGCCAUCACUGGGAGCUGCCAUCACUGGGAUGCGCCAAGGACCUUUCCUCCCCAGACUCGGAGAUGCACAUCUCUUUGAGGAUCGACUUGGCCAGAAAACAGGGUGUGAGUGCGACAACAGGGGCACUGGUUGGGUUUGCCAAACGUCUAAUUACCAAGCCAGGAUUUGUGCCAACAAAGCCGCAUGGCUGUCCCAGUGAGCUUCCUUUCACCUGUCUUGAGCUGGGCAUCUCUUUAAUUACUGCCUCUGCCCCUGCCCCUUCUCUCUAGACUUGGGAAGUACUCCUUCCUAGAAGCCACACAUCACUCCAAGGCCCAGCUGGGCACUGCUCAUCCCCAACUCUCAUAGUGACACCACUUGUGACGUGGGGUCUGGGUAGAGAUGGUUUCUGGCAGUGGCAGCACAGCAGCCCCGGGUGCCUAUCCUCCCCUGGCUGCUCUCCUAUCAGUGAGGUGCAGGAGCCGCCCUCUGCUCUCAGUGGUCUCUGCUACUGAUGAAUCCAGUGGGUUUCCUUUCAUAAUCCCCUGGCCCACUCCGGAGUGACCCCCCGACCCUGCAGGCCCACCCUCCGGGAGCCGCUGGUCUUCACCAGUUUUGCUAGGGCUUUGAGUGUCUAUUCGGUUCUUAUCAAAGCUAGCGUGUAUUCUUUUCCACUACGGAAGAGCCAUCGCUCUCAAGGGUGUCCCAGCCUCCAGCAAGGGCACAGCCUUGUCCCCUGCCUUUCUCUCCCUUUGUCCCCACUGUAUGUUGACACAAGUAUGGAAGUGGAGCCUGGUCAGAACUGGUUUCUAGUGCUAAUGCUCUGACCUAGUAUUUCUGCUCGAGAUCACUGUCCAGCCGUAUAAAGCCCUGUUAUUCGAGUCAAGCGUAUCCCCAUUUUUGAGAGGAAAGGGGCACCUUCACAGACCGAUGCCUUUCUUACCCCAAGUUCCCAUGUUCCCAUAAACACUUACAUGCAUGCAGAAACACACAGGACAUGGGGGCCAUGUGGGAUGCAUGCUCAGCCUAGCAGAGCUGAAAGGAGCAGGCUUGGCUUGGUAGAGAGGGAGCAGAAAGGAGAUCAUCUGGAUGUGUCCUUUCCAGUACGCCUUGGCUCUAACUGCUGCUCUUCCAGAGCCUCCGGGGCAGGGGAGUGCUCCACAAGGUAACCACAAGGUUUGCUGGCUUCAUAGCCCUAGAAGCAGAAGAGAGUGGAGCCAGCGGAGCCGGGACUGUAGGAGUUGGGCAGUCUCAGUUGAGAAGCGUUAUCACCUCAAGCAGAGUGGGAGCUCUCUCCCUCACGCCUGUGGGGAUUUCUGAAAUGAAGCUAGCUGCUUCCUGUUCUCGUCCUUCCCAAAGCCCCUUUCUGCCCAUAGCAGGUCACAGGCCUGUGACUCGGUACCCUGGCUGGACACUGCUGAGACUCCAAGUCUGGCUUUCGGUUCAGGUUUCAUCUGUGUUGACAUCGGGGCCAGAAAACACAGCCAGCUAACUGGGCCUCUGAGGUCACCUUCUCUUCCGGCCUGCUUGCUUUGUCCUACAGGACUUCUUGGCUUUUCCAAAGACAGAGAUUUCGGGGGGGGGGGAGGGGGGGGCGAAUCUACCUAAACUGUGGAUGUGACCUCAGCUCGCUUCCUUCUGACCCACUGUCCAAGUUGGGUCACAAACAUGUCACUCAUGCAUGCCUGCACUACAGAGUCAGGUGCCCGGCUUGCUGGCUUGCUGUCCUUCCCUACCUCCAGGUCAGGGAGCAGCUGCAGUGAGGGUGGGGGAGGUGAGGGCUUUGUGCUCGUAGACACACAUGUGUCCUCCGUUGUCAUGAACUUGGGCUGGACUGUGAGCAGCUCUGGGUUAGUACAGAGCAGGCAAUCCUUAAUCAGCUAGCACGAAAUAGUCCUGUUGUGACCGCCAGGCUUCUGUGGGAACAGUCCUUCUCUGGCUGGCUAGCUAGGCACAGCUAUGGCACUGGAAAGAGUAGAGCCCAGGUGAAGCUUUGGAAAUUUUGGGAGCUAACACCAAGCAACUGGUUCCGUGGGGGAAGUUUUUAGGGAGCUCAGACUGCUGCCUUCAUAGGCAAAGUGUACCCAUGGUGUCCAGUCAUGGGAGCGUUUCAAGGCCAACAGGAAGCAGAACCUGGAGCUUUCUCUGGCUUUAGGAAGAGAGCCCUGUUUGCUUCCACUUAACUCCCAGUGGAAGAGGGGCAGGCACGUCCAAAGCAUCUGGUCUCAUUUCCCCACUUUCCCGAGAGACCAAAAGUGUUCCUUGAGAUGUCAACAUUUGUCUUUCACAGUGACUUCCUUCCCUGAGCAGACAUUCAUGUGGCUUCGUUGGGGAGGAAAAGAAUAAGCACCUACUGUGUGCCAGGCACUAUGAGGCACUUUUAUAUUUAUCCUCUUUUAAGGUAGGACUAAGGGUUCAUCUCCUUCCAGAAGGCCCCCAAGUAAUGGCUAAACAAGAGCACUUGGGGACAAGAGGGCUUUCUUCAGAGACUCCCAGGUGGGAGUGCCUCUAGUCUGGUGGUCCUCGAAGACUCGAAGACUCCUCCACAGCGGCAUCGGCAUCGGCCCAUCCCAGGCUCCUCCCUCCUCAGACUCCUCCUACCUGGCUUGUGCUCCUCAGGUGGCUGAAGGGACCACCUUAGUUCUCAUAGAAAUUGUGGACCAACAGGAUAUGUGUUGUGUAUAACUUUCUUUUUAAACUAUAAGUAAAGGGUCCUGCAGCAUUGUGCUUGUGUUAUCUUCAAGCCAGCAUCUCACUAUUUAUUGACAGGUGUGUGUGUGUGUGUGUGUGUUUCUGUGUGUGCACAUAUGUGUAUGUGUGUGCACACAUGUGCGUGUGUGUGUUCAUGUGUGUGCAUGCUUGUGUCUUUCCACAGCUUUUUUUUUUUAAAGGAUCAUCCUACUGCUAAGUUGGUGUCUUCUUGCUUCUAGUGUUUCGGCCAUGCCUCACCAAAUGUCUGUAAUGAUCCAGUACUCACAACAUGUUCAGGAGGAGCUGGGUCAGAUUUUGACAGAGGGUAUGGGAAGGGAAAGGGGAGAAGAAAUUGACAUUUAUUUUAUUAUUUAUUUUAAAUGUUUACAUUUCUUUGUGUUGUUCCAAGCCUGAAUAGAAACAGAGAGCAUUAAUGCACUCCAUCCCCUCUCCUGUCUCUGGCUCUCUCUCCCCCACUUGUUCUAACUUAGGAUAACGAUCUCUAUUUUGUUUGUUUCUCAAGUGAUUUGUGGACUCGUGCUGUAUAAACUGUAUUAAAAAGGCUCUGUUUUUAAAGAUCAAUUGUCAUCCCUGUGGAGACAGUGGCUGCUAAGAAAUCUACAUUGUGAGAGAAGACAAUGAAAGACCCUGGCCCUGUCUCUCAAAACUUAACCUUUCUCUGUAUGAUUUAAAAAUAUUCCAUCUAUUUUACUUUGUGGUUACUUGAUUUUGAGGAAGAAAAUAUUCAACUUUGUAUAAAGACUAGGUAUCAGGUUUCUUUCGCAGUGGGAGUUGUAUAUAUCGUAUUUUGGUAUUGAGUAGAGACUCAAGCUUUAUGCAUCUGUAUUUGGUAUAUGUCAAUGACGUGGAGUGAAAUUUGCUAUUAGAUCCUGGAGGCAAAUGGGUUGUAUAAGGUUUUAUGGCUCGGUGGGGAAUUUAAUUUCCUUUCUGGGCACCUUUUGUCCCCUAUUUUUAAAGUUAACGGUGAAACUGCCCUAGAAGGGUCGCUCUAGUUGAACUCUCCAGGCAGGACCUUAUGCUCAGAAAUCUUUGUAUAGUUUUAAAUUUUUGAGGAGUAUCUCUGCUCGGAAGCAUCUGUGGUGGUGUGAUGUGUUGUUCUGUGUACUGUAUGUGACACAAGCCUACAGGAUUUGCACUAAGAAAAGCUUGGUAGGAGCUUGCUGCUAUGGAGGAAAGAACAUAUUAAAACUUAUUUCCCUCGGGUUUGUUCUCGUUUUAUGUUUUUGUUGUUGUUGUUUUGUUAGCUUUCCUACUUCCACUGAGUAGCAUUUUGUAGAAUAAAAUUAAUUAAGA